AUGACGUUUACCAUAGCCAACCCGGUCCUCAGCGACGCAGCCCCGGCUACCAAAAGCCUCCCACACAAGGGCAAAGACCAAGAAGUUUCAAGCUUGACUCGACUCCUGCAUCAUAGCCAUGUCACUACAGAAUUCGAUCCCUUGAGAUUUGAAGCUGCGGCAUCAUUGCAACUGCAAUUACAGCCCGGGAGGCAAUACCCAGAUACAGAAACAGACACGCGACUCAUUGCAUCGCCUUACAACAGCGUCCCCCAUCUGCUGGAUAUUGCUGCACUGGAAAGACAAGACCGACUCUUCGCAUUGGCGUUAGCAUAUCUCAAACCUAUUCGCGACGACUACGCCACCGCUGAAUACACGGAAUCAUUCAAUUGGACAGAGGUGUUUGAUCUAUUGCGAGCUUUCUCAAAGGCAGAGGACCACACAUGGAUAUUGCAGUCGUACUAUGUUGUUAUUUUCCGGUCAAUACUGUUGCCGGGUAUUGACUCGGACCGUCUUUAUGAGCUUGAUGCGCAUUCGCACCAGGAGGCCAUUGCUAGUGGGGGGUUGUUGAAGUAUUGGUUUGGGGCGAAGAAUGACAAGCAUCAGAAUCUGGCAACUUGCAUUUGGCGCAAUCGAAAUGAUGCAAGACUUGGUGGUCGCGGACCUUGGCAUGCUCAAGCAAGAGCGGCUGCUACAACAAUGUAUGAGCAGAUUCGGUUCACUACGUUCAGGUUGGAUAUUGAGGAUGGAGUGCAAUCGUGGAAGCUGAGUGAUUGGAAGGAAGAUGUAUAA